AUGGCUUCUAUUCAAGCGUUUUUAAACAGAACAACAGCAUCUGCUAAGCCAAGCUUGCCUUUCCAAAAACACUCAAUUCCCAAAAGUCGUUCGGAGAUUAGAGGAGUCGAUAAUAUGGUACACCAGUUGUUGCAGAGAAAGUUUCCACUAAAGAAGUUUGCACCGAUCAUGCAAAACGAGUUCUUGUCAGUGCAGUUGUUUCCGCAAGAUCAUACUCUAUCCAACUUCAGAAAGUCCAACGUGUCGCUUGUCUUCAACAUGCAUCAGAUACCUAUGUUGAAUGAUAAAUGUUUGGAGUCGGGGUUCAAGAGCCGACCUAAAUACAAGGAUUUACAAUUUUUCAACAAGAAGCCACUGCCAAUGCAAUCUGCAUGCGGAAGAACCAAAUCUAAGAAGCAGGUGAGGGAAUUGUUUGCCCAAUCGUUGAGCACAUUCUCAAUGCAUGACAAGAAGGACCGCUUAAGUGGCAUUUUUGUCUGUCAUGUUGUCAAGGUGCCGGUGAAUCAAGAACAAAGAGAUUUGAUACGGAAAGAUUUCGAGAAUAUGUGCUCCGCCCUAUUAGAUAAAGAUGACAUAUGGAAUAAUCUAAAUAAACAGUAUAAAAGGACAAAAUCUCCAAAUCUCCAGCAACUCAAAUACGUUCAAUUCAGCUAUGGUGUCAAGAAUCUAAUAGACCGAAGGUUGAGGUUUCCUUUUCUGCCUAAACGGGGACUAAAGUUUAUUACUAAAUAA